AACAACAGCAAUGGUAACUUCAGGCGCAACAAUGGAAUCCUGGCCCAGCAACUCGACUCAGCCAAGGCCCAAAACACCCAGUGCAAGGCUGGAGACACCGUCUUCUGCGCCGGUGACCAGCUCGGCCAGUGUGUUGGCACUCAGCUCUUCAAGACCUCGUGCUCCAGCGGCCUCAAGUGUCAGGUUCUUCCUCUGGUCAACAAGCCCGGUACCUCUGUUGCGUGCACCACCGACGCCGACAAGACUGCCAGAAUCCAGGCUGCCCUCAACUCUUAG